AUGGCCCUGGGGGAGAUGCCAGAGGUGGCAUUGACGUCGGUAUGCCUACCUAUUGUUUACCGAUUUUCCGUUUCAGGGAUCAGAAGGGGAGGCCACAGACUCCAGCUCAACCAUACCAGGUUGUGCGUCUCCAGUUCAUACGGGUAAGCUUCAAACAUCUGUAUGUGACUUGCGUAGGUCAUAGGCGUCUUUUUAAUACACAAAGGCAAAGUGGACCCACUGGACCUCAGCAGCCUCGCCGGCGACGCCGGGCCAGUAUGAGGCAGGGCUUACGGUGGCUAAUGCAAUCCGUCGCCAUGCUGAUUGGUCAGGUAUCUGAGCUACGCCAACAGCAAGUAGCUAUGAUGAACCAGAACCAAUGCCACGGGUGCAUGCCAAGCAGCCCUUGUGCGUCCUCGAGAUUCACUUUGAAUCCGGUUGGCACGCCAGAGCAACUGGACACCAUCACUAACGCCCUGGACGAGGAGGCCUAUCGCCACCAACUGGUAAGCUAUGUAACUUACUAGUUUAUUACUUUGCUAGGUGACAUACCUAAGCUCGCUUGGCGGGGACACCGUUGUGUCCUUCGUUGAUAGAGUGUUCGGAGCGCUGUUCUCCGAAGACAUUACGUCCUUUGUCACCUUUUAUGGGCGACAACAAGGAAAGAGGCCGUUCUUCGGAACGCCUCUGUACAAUUUGGUUCUAGGUAAGACCUGCACUGCAUGUAUGCUGAUGGAUUUUAUUAUAGAGGUCUUCGACCACUGGAAUCGAGGACAGCGCUCCGACCGUCACCAGUUGGAGCGGGCAAUGAAAAACGCCUUCAAGCGGGCAUAUGAUAGGCUUUUGAAAAGGCAAAUUAAGACCAAUAUUAACAGUGAGUCUGCUUUUAACAUAAAUACAUUUAAUUUAAUGUAAUUGAAAACUUAUUUUUUAUAGAAAUUAAUCUCAAUUGUUUCCGUUGCAGAUUCACAAAAACAAAUUGGUGGCGCGGGCCCGUCAUCGGAACAAUGA